AUGACCAGAACCUCAGUCUUAGCAGAUGCGUUGAACGCCAUCAACAACGCCGAAAAGACCGGUAAGAGACAAGUUCUCAUCAGACCAUCUUCAAAAGUCAUCAUCAGGUUCUUGACAGUCAUGCAGAAACACGGCUACAUUGGCGAAUUCGAAUACAUCGACGACCACAGAUCAGGAAAGAUUGUUGUGCAAUUAAACGGCAGAUUGAACAAGUGUGGUGUCAUCUCCCCAAGAUUCAAUGUCAAGAUUGGUGACAUUGAAAGAUGGACUGACAACUUGUUGCCAGCUAGACAGUUUGGUUACGUGAUCUUGACUACUUCUGCCGGUAUCAUGGACCACGAAGAAGCUAGAAGAAAGCACGUUUCUGGUAAGAUCUUGGGUUUCGUCUACUAG